GGAGAAGGAGAGAUCUAAAGGCAAUUGUUGCUUAAAAAAUUCAUUUCUGCCCUAGAGGAGCCAGCUGGGAUUGAAUACUGCAGGUUAAACGGCACCAGGCAGAAGACACAUCCAGACCACUAAAGAGGAUGGCUGAGUUUAAAGAGAACACUCACUAUAUGUUUCGGUUCACAUGUGCGGCAUCAACAUCACAGUGGAGAGCUCUUUGUUGUGUUCUGUAGGAGACGGUCAAGUUUUCUUUUCUUUUACCUGUGGAAGUUGUGGACAAUAUGAGGAACUCAGUCGCUCUGAGCCAGCCUGGGAUUCUUCUUCUUCUGGUCACAUGUCCCCUGCUGACAAUCCUGCAUGGUGUAACCUGUAAGGCAGAGAGUGGACACUUAGGGGACAAUGAUCCUGACAGGUGUAUGAGACAUCAUUUUGUUGAGACCAUCACACAUCCUAUCUACAAGUGCAAUUCAAAGAUGGUUCUCCUGGCUCGAUGUGAGGGUCACUGCAGCCACACGUCCCGCUCGGACCCGCUGAUCUCUUUCAGCUCUGUCUUGAAGCAACCUUUCAAAAGCACGUGUUUCUGCUGUCGUCCACAUACCUCCAAACUGAAGGCGGUGCGUCUGCGAUGCUCGGGCGGGACACGGAUAACCGCUACUUACCGUUACAUCCUCGCGUGCAGCUGCGAGGAGUGCAGCUGAAUAAAUUUGUCAUGGAGAAAGACCCUCUGGCUGAAACACAUAAAAAAAGUUAAAGGUACACUUUAUUGCAGAUGAUUCAGAGCAAGCAUUUUACGAUUCAUUAGCACUGCCGCAAUGUUGCCAACAACCCAUCAAGACUUCAAGAAGAAUCACGUCACAUGUAAAGCAGCGCAUGCACUCGGAUUUCCAGAUGUCACCCCACCAGUCGCACCUGCGCAUGCGCUCAGCCAGUCAAUUUACUUUUAUUGCAUUCCAUUGUUUUGAUCACUGUUUGUGUAAAAUAGCGGAUGCCGACAACAAAAUCGUGAAGAAAAUCUGAUGAAGCUGAAGGGGAGUCACUUUGGCAGCCUA